CCAGCAUAAGCGGCAUGUUAACUAGGGACUCUCCUAGCAGAUCGGCGUCCAAUCGUUACAAGAAAAAGCGCCCGACUUCUAAAGAUUUUCCUAGAAAUGGGGCUGAUUAUAUCACUAUGAUAAGUAGUGAUGGUAUUGAGUUUCACAUAAGAAGGGAGCUUGCAUAUGCGUCUCGUACAAUUCGGUCAAUGAUGGACUCACCAACUUCUCCAAGUGAUGCUGAAAAGAAUGUGGUCCAUUUUCGAUCUAUUCCGUCACAUAUACUGCAAAAAGUUUGCCAUUACUUUCUGUACAGGAACCGAUACGAGAAUUCUGAGAUCAUGAUACCGGAAUUUAAGAUAGAACCUCAAUUGUCAUUACAGUUGCUUAUGGCAGCAAACUUCCUCGACUGUUAGAAUUUGAUUUUGAGAGAUUUUAGAAGUGCUCCUAUUUAUGCUUACUUCGCUCUUUUUUCGCAUCUCCUUCAUGAAUCUAGAUCACAACAGCUAUGAUCCAUAAUAUAAGCACAAUCUUUAC